AUGGUUGAUUCACUGUCAGUUUUGAGUCGUGUUAUGGAUUUUCAAAGUGCAAUGGAAACAUUCGCUGAAGCAUGGGUUGCAGCUAACGUCACACAGCAACAAGAAAAAAAGGAAAGAAUAAAAAUUCUACCUAGUGAUGCUCUUUUUACACCUGAACCAGCAAUUAACGUUAAAAAAAAUUUACGGGAAGUCCAAAGUUAUUGGCUAAGAUCUCAUUUUGAAUCCUCUAGUGACAGUAAAUGUUCAAGAGAAAAUUUAUUGCAAGGCAAAUCUUAA